GGAAAAAACACAAUAUAAAUUUAAUCCAUUCAGACGCCGGCUCCUUUUUCUCAGGAUAAUUGCAAAUAGAGAACGUUCCCUAAAUUGUUUCUUUUUGUAGUUGACAAAUGAAAUGGCGAGUGCUGGGAUAAAGUCGUAACACAAAGAACGAGUGUAAAUGGAGAUAAGGGGAGAGCACAAAGCUCGCCGAAAAAUCCUAACACGAAUUCGACCAGGUAUUAGUUAUAGUGAAAAAAUCACCCGACCCCCACAAGUGAAAUUAAUGACAUUAAAAAAUCUGGAAUUAAUUGUGACUCCGGGAGCUUUCCUACCGCCCUCCAUUUUCCAGGGCUGGUAAUGGCAACCUGCCCGGAUUUCCUGCAGCGGCUGAAGGCGCCAGAUGGCGCUCGGGCCAGUUUCAGGAAAAGCUGAAAGCUCGAUAGCGCAUCGCUAGUAGAGCUUUGGUGUCGGCAAUGCGUGCUUUCUCUAAUCAAUCCAACUGCAUUCUGACGAUUACUCAUCACCUGUGAACUACGUCAGGAUGUUAAUAAGGUUAGCCCUGACGUGUGGCUUCUCAAAAAAAGCCACCAUUUCCCGAUUUUAGCACAGGUACAAUGGAUUGAGCGAAAACUAAUUACAAUGGAAAAUAAGGUCAAAUGAUGGAGUGGGCCUACAGCGGAGUCAACAAAACCGUGCCCCGAAAUGCAGGUCCGGAAUGCGCUGAUUUUAUGAACCCCACAUGGCGCCUAAUCGACACCGUUUUUGUCCUCGCCUUCGCUGUGACUUUGUUCAAGUGGAGCUACUCCAGGAUAACGCUGCCGACGGUGGUUUACGUCCGGAGGGAUCGCAGAGGCCGGCGGGCGCUCCUGGUGAUGAUGUCGCUGAUUUGGGGAAUGGAAAUAGGCUAUAAGUUCUCAUCGCGUACUGUGAUAUAUUUGUUAAACCCCUGUCAUAUAACAACAGCGAUCCAGAUAUAUUUGUUAGCGGCUUCCCCCAGCAAAACGGUGACAGCGGUGUUCCGAGUGCAUUUAAAUCUUUUAAAUGGACCAUUAUUGGCGUUUUUGUUCCCAGAAACCGAUACUAGAAUAUUCAAAUGCACACUGGUACAAACACAAAGUUUUUGCACCAAUGUACAGCUAGUCACAAUAAAAAUGGACAGCGAAAACGCUCUCCCGGCCUUGAUAGUUUCACCAACGGAAGUAAACCUGAAUCACAUGUUAUGUCCGGCCAUAUUGGAUCCUUUCGAAGGACAACUGUAUAGAAUUUUUGCAGUGGUGCACCAAGCAAUACUCUGUCCAGUAUUGAACAAAAUAUUCUGCUUAAUUGCAAAUUUCUUUUUAACGAAGUUCUGGAUGACUAAAGUCAAAUCAACGUUGUAUUACGAAGUUACUGACGCAAAUGGUGCAACAGACACUGGAAACCACCACCAUCUCCACUAAAUUUUAAAUAGAAAUAAUUACGUAGAAAUUACAACGUACCUAUACAGUUGCAAAUAAAUAUAUCUAGCGUAAGGAAUACCUAAUAUCAGUAUCAACUUUCUCAUAUUAUUGCAAAGAAGGGUUUUUACUUACCUUAGGAAACUAUAAAGUGGGUGCUUCAUAAAUUUCAUUCGGUUCUAAUUAAGAGUGAUAUAAAAGAUAAGAAUGUAAAUAUAAAUCGACAAAUGGCAAGGCAAAAAUUGUGUGCACGUAAUUAUUUUACGCAUUGUCUUUUAUAAUUAUUAAUAACUUCGGUAUAAGGUAAUUCUCACAAAUUUCAUUGAAUCUAAAGUGGUGUAAAACCCGACAAUAGGCAGCAAGUGGCCAAAUUCGUAUUCUCUAUUAUUUAAAAUAUUUUUUCCAAUUAUCACUUCUGGUUAUUUCUUUUAUUAGAAAUGCGUAUUGUUAAUUUAUGUAAUUUUAAUUAUUUAAUACCAUUUGUUGUCCUUUGUGUGAAAAUUCUGCUAAAUUUACAUCGAACGCGCUCGAUGUGAUUAAAGGAACAACAUAGGCCACUGAUUUAAUAGGAAGAUAAAUAUUGCUCAUAGGUAAAUCACAUUCGUUGGGGAAUUAACGAAAGAGCUAACAAAUAAAUGUAAAAAUAAUCUAUUUCACGAAAUCGUUUCGUUAGAUUGGCUAACGAACGUGUAAUGUAAUCUUAUAAUAAUUAAGUACCUACUUCAGAACAAAUUCACUUAGACUAAGCAUUAACCAUAUUAAAAUUGCUCUAGUGUUUGCCACAAAACAAUGAUCGCGUCCGAUGUUUUGUAAUUUUUUUAAUGAAACUAAGGCCAUACAUAAGUGCACGACCGGAUUGUAAAGCGAAUAGGAAAAUGAAUGAAUUCUGAGCAAGAAACAGUCGAGUGCCCCUCAACUAUCAUAUCAUUUGUUGAAAACCUAGAUUGUUUUAUAAUGUGAUUUAGGCAAAGUACAAUUCUUUUUUGCAUUUAUUCUCAUAUUCGCUGUACACGACACAUACUUGAAACUUGUGAUCUGUAAAGUGUGUAAAAUUAUGUUAAUUUGCGACAAUAUAUUGUUACAAUUAUAGCAUUACGAGCUUUUUAUAGAAAAAUAUCGAUAGUUUUGCAGGUUGUUCUCAAUACUAGUUUCGGACGACUUUCUACAUCAAAUAUGAAUUAAGUAAACGAAUUCCAUUACUUGAACACGUGUAUACUUACUUUGCAAACUUCCAGAUUAGUUUCCUAUUGUUACAAGAAAGUUACUAAAUAAUAAUUCACAAUAAAAUAUAUCGUUACGUACCCAG